CUCCAUGUCCAAAUUGACAUCUGACAAAAUCCUUUCUUAUUUUGGCUAAGCCUUAUCCAUGUGUCUCUCUUCCAUUUGCUGGUUCCCAGAUCUCCCCGGCCCCACCACAUUGACUCAUAGUAUCAUACUCGCUCCUCUCGCUACAGUAAACGGAAAAUACACAAAAGAAGACUGUGCCAGGCCAGCCUGAGUUCAUCUUUUCAUCCGCAUAUACUUGGUAAUGGCUUACAAGCUCUGUGAUUCCUGCAAGUCGGCAACGGCAACUCUCUUCUGCCGAGCUGACUCGGCGUUUCUCUGCAUCAACUGUGACUCUAAGGUCCACGCCGCCAACAAGCUUGCCUCGCGGCACGCUCGUGUGUGGGUUUGUGAGGUGUGCGAGCAAGCGCCGGCUCAUGUGACUUGCAAGGCCGACGCUGCAGCCCUCUGCGUCACGUGCGAUCGUGACAUUCACUGCGCCAAUCCACUGGCUCGCCGACACGAGCGAGUUCCUGUUACGCCGUUCUACGAAUCGGUUGGCUCGGCUCCUGCCGUUAAGCCUAACGCUGUAAACUUCCUUGAUGACUGUUACCUGUCUGACGUGGAUGGAGACGCCGAUGUCAACAGGGAGGAAGCGGAGACAGCCUCGUGGCUUCUUCCAAAUCCUCCCAACCCGAAAGUGAUGGAGAGUGCGGGUCUAAUUACAGGUUCAUAUGUGUUCUCGGAUAUGGACCCCUAUUUGAAUCUGGAUUAUGCCCCUCCGGUGGAUCCCAAACUCGAAGAACAGGAGCAGAACGGCUCCGGCACGGAUGGCGUUGUGCCUGUGCAAAGCAAGAGCGUUCAAGCUCGAUUAGUGAACGAUCUCUGCUUUGAUUUCGAUUUCACUGGAUCCAAACCGUUUGCCAACGGCUACAACACACAGUGCUUGAGCCACAGUGUAUCAUCCUCGUCUCUGGACGUCGGAGUAGUGCCAGAUAGCAUGGAGUCAACAAAUCAAACGGUUCAGCUAUCGGCAGUGGACAGGGAAGCAAGGGUGUUAAGGUACAGAGAAAAGAGAAAGAACCGAAAGUUCCAGAAGACAAUUAGAUACGCAUCGCGAAAAGCUUAUGCAGAGACGAGACCGAGAAUCAAAGGAAGAUUCGCGAAACGAUCCGAUAUUGAAGUUGAAGUUGAAGUUGAUCGAAGUAGUAUCUACGGAUUCGGCGUCGUUCCUUCCUUCUAAAAAUCCAUCCUUUCCUCCUCCUGUCGCAAGUUGCAGUUGUUGUUGUUAGUGGUGCUGAAGUAGCGUAUAGAAAGUAGGUGAAGGUGUUUGAUCGAUGGAUUAUUGACCGUCGACUUUGUAGAAGUUUUAUGGAGUAAUGAGUUUUGUUUGAUUUAA